GAAAAUGAGAGAGAAAAAUAAAGUGGGAGACGAAGCUGGUUCCGUUUGAUGUCCCUGAUUUUUUUACAUACACAUCCUCGGCUCUCUCGUCUCUCGUACAAGUAUCUGUAGUCCGAGUGACGGGCAUUUAAUUAAAUUACACAAUCAUGGCCCUUCAAUCACUGCGUUUAGCUGCAUCCGUGGCAAAACAAUUUCCAAAUGCCACAAUUCAGAUGAAAUGGCCAGUAGCAAGUGUAUAUGCUACUCGUAAAUAUCAUGUCAGUUGCACCAGAAGAUCAGCUGAAAUUUCAGCUAUCUUGGAAGAACGUAUAUUGGGAUCAGCACCAAAAGCUAAUCUUGAAGAAACUGGUCGUGUAUUGAGCAUUGGUGAUGGUAUUGCUCGUGUAUAUGGUUUAAAAAAUAUUCAAGCCGAUGAGAUGGUUGAAUUUAGUUCUGGAUUAAAAGGUAUGGCUCUUAAUUUGGAACCAGAUAAUGUUGGUGUUGUCGUAUUUGGUAAUGAUAGACAUAUCAUGGAGGGUGAUAUUGUCAAACGUACUGGUGCCAUUGUUGAUGUACCAGUUGGUGAUGAACUUCUUGGACGUGUUGUUGAUGCACUUGGUAAUCCAAUUGAUGGUAAAGGUCCACUUAAUAAUAAGCUUAGAUUCCGUAUUGGUACAAAAGCUCCAGGCAUUAUUCCAAGAGAGUCUGUACGUGAGCCUAUGCAAACUGGUAUCAAAGCUGUUGAUUCUUUAGUACCAAUUGGUCGUGGUCAACGUGAAUUGAUCAUUGGUGACAGACAAACUGGUAAAACAGCUCUUGCCAUUGACACAAUCAUCAAUCAAAAACGUUUUAAUGAUGCUGGUGAUGAUAAAAAAAAACUUUUCUGUAUUUACGUUGCUAUUGGACAAAAAAGAUCUACAGUUGCACAAAUUGUCAAACGUUUAAGUGACUCUGGUGCAAUGGAUUAUACAAUUAUUGUAUCAGCAACAGCAUCAGAUGCAGCACCAUUACAAUACUUGGCACCAUACUCUGGUUGUGCUAUGGGUGAAUUUUUCCGUGACAAUGGAAAACAUGCUUUAAUUAUCUAUGAUGAUUUAUCAAAACAAGCUGUUGCCUAUCGUCAAAUGUCAUUGUUACUUAGACGUCCACCAGGUCGUGAAGCUUAUCCUGGUGAUGUCUUUUAUCUUCAUUCACGUCUUCUUGAACGUGCUGCUAAGAUGAACAUUAAACUUGGUGGUGGUUCAUUGACUGCAUUGCCAAUUAUUGAAACACAAGCUGGUGAUGUAUCAGCUUACAUUCCAACAAAUGUCAUUUCAAUUACUGAUGGACAAAUUUUCUUGGAAACUGAACUUUUCUACAAAGGUAUUCGUCCAGCUAUUAAUGUUGGUCUUUCAGUAUCACGUGUAGGUUCAGCUGCUCAAACAAAAGCCAUGAAACAAGUUGCUGGUUCAAUGAAAUUGGAAUUGGCACAAUAUCGUGAAGUUGCUGCUUUUGCACAAUUUGGUUCCGAUUUAGAUGCUGCAACUCAACAACUUCUUAAUCGUGGUGUUCGUCUUACUGAACUUCUUAAACAAGGACAAUAUGUCCCAAUGGCUAUUGAAGAACAAGUUGCUGUCAUCUACUGUGGUGUCCGUGGUUAUCUUGACAAAAUGGACCCAGCUAAAAUUACUGCCUUUGAGCAAGAAUUCCUUGCACACAUCAGAUCAUCCCACAAAGAAUUGACCGCUACCAUUGCCAAGGAAAACACCAUCAGUGAAGCAUCUGAUGCUAAACUUAAGAAAGUUGUUGUUGACUUCCUCGCUUCAUUCAACGCGUAAUAAGUCAUUAUCAAUUAUCAUUAAGAAUUUAAAUAAAAACAAGAAAAAAAAUAAAAUUUAAAACAAAAAAAAAAAUUUAAUAAAAACAU